AUGUCAGCAAACGAGAGAAGAAGACAUGUUGGUGAUCUGGAAUGUGGGGGAGGAGUUUGGCUUCAAAAUGUGAGGCAGUUCAAGUACUUGGGUUCGCUUCUCAAUAGUGAGAACAAGGUACGAGCGGACGUGGAAAGCAGGAUUUUAGCUGCAAACAAGGCGUACUUUGUCCACAUGAAACUAAUGAAGUCAAAGCUCUUAUCACGCAUGUCUAAGCUGCGGCUAUACAAAACACUGAUCAGACCAGUGGCCACCUAUGGUGCUGAGACGUGGACGCUGACUAGUAGAGAAGAGCAAGCAUUGCGUGUUUUUGAGAGAAAAAUUGUAAGGCGUAUCAUGGGACCAGUCAGGACAGAAUAUGGGUGGCGUAUCAGAAAUAAUGAAGAGAUUGCCAAUUUCAUGGGACCAGAAGAUAUUGUACGAGUUAUAAAGGCGCAACGCUUGAGAUGGUUGGGGCAUGUCCAGAGAAUGGAGCACUGCAGACUACCGCAUAAGUUGUUAAAAAGUAAAAUGAUUGGUACGCGUAGAAGAGGAAGGCCCAGGAGGAGAUGGCUGGAGGAUGUGAGUGCCGAUUUUUGUUUUGGGCAUCAGAGGAUGGGAGAAUGUGGCGGAGAGGAGAGACGAUUGGAGGCGAAUUGUGCAGGAGGCCAAGGUCCACAUCGGACUGUAGCGCCAAUGAAAGUAAAGUAA